GGGGCGGAGCCUGCGGGCGCGACCGAAUUCGGGCGUCGGAAUGCCCUGACACGUGAGCCGCUUACGGGGCGGAAGGCGAGGCCCCGGAGGCCGGGCGGCAGCGGAAGCAAGAGAAGGCCGGCCGGCGCCUGACCCGGCGGAGGAAAGACAGGGCGGGAGCCCCAACCGGGCGGCUUGGGCGUGUCCCUCGCGCCUUCCCCAGCGGGGCCCCUCCCGUGAAUGCUCACAACGACCCCGCGAGGCCCCGCAGGCAUGCUCGUACCCGCCGGAUCGGUGGUGGUCCCGGACUGGCACAAGACCCAAGAGGCCCAGCGGUACUUUGGCGCCGUCCUGCAGCGGAAGAAGCGCAAAUCCUUUGGGUUGAUUGAAAGGCCGGUCCUCCCGCCACUUGCACAGGCAGACAUGGCCAGCUACAAGGUCUUCGUGUCGGGGAGGAGUGGCGUGGGCAAAACUGCUCUGGUGGCCAGUCUGGGGGGUCUCCAGGUGCCCUCGGCGCACCAUGAAACAACAGGGAUCCAGACGACAACUGUGUAUUGGCCUGCAAAGCUGUGUCAGAGUGGCCGGGCUCUUUUCUUCAAGUUCAGCUUCUGGGACUGUGGGGAGUCCAUGCUGAAGAAGUUUGAUCAUCUCCUGCCAGCUUGCACUGAAAAAGUGGAUGGCUUUCUCCUCUUGUUCUCCUUCACGGACCGUGCCUCUUUUGACGACUUGCCAAACCAGAUCUCUCGCAUGAGAGAGAGAGCCAAGAAUGCCAUCAGAAUAGUAAUUGGCACCAAGUUUGACCAAUUUGCACACACUGACGUCACAGAGCGUGACAUAGCUGCAUUCCGCCAUGCCUGGGGCCUGCCAGUGUUGCGGGCAAAGAGCCUCAGUGCCCCACCCCUGGCCGACAGAUGUUCCCAGGGCAGCCAUACUGGACUGUCCAAUGUUGCUCACAUCCUCAAUGGCCUGGCCGAGCACCUCUGGAGGCAGGACCAGUGGGCAGCAGGCCUCUCCCUCCCACUUCCUGGCCCCAAAGAGCCCAUCUCUGCUCCCCUAACAGGCGGGUCAGCAAGCGGUUCCUAGAAUAGCUAUCGGAUUGGACUGACGGGUUUUACUGAAGAGGGGAAGGCUGCCGUGGGGACCUUGACUGAGAGAGUUCAUCUGAUACCGGACCGGAAAGAGAAUUGGGGGAGGGCCGGUAGGGACAUUGCCAGAAAAGAACAUCCAGCCCUCGUGUUCCCUGUGGUGGUGGUGGUGGCAUGGGUGUGGAAGCUCCACCUCCUUGCUUGUCCUCAGCUGCAGAGCAAAGGUGUGCCAGGUAGAUGUCAACUUAUUGCUGUGAAGUUUGUGCAAGAGAGGUGGGCUUGUACACGCAAGCGGGCGCGUGCACACACACACAGGUCUCUCUCUCGGUUCUUUCUAUGACCUUCAAUACAAGCCGUGUUUUGAG